AAUGGCUGUACGAAUGCGUGAUCUUGGUCACACCGGGAUCACAACCGCCGCUCUCGUGACCAAGUUGAAAAACUUACGAGCUGAAUUUAAAGCUGUUCGGGACGUCUACAUUCGGGGGACUGGAAAGGGUACUACAAUAUCCGACGAUCCCAGUAAAGCGUCUUGCCCCCAUUACCAUGCACUGAACGAGAUUCUUGGUGGAAAACCAAGUGUAAACCCGCCAGCCAUACUGUUAGGCCAGUCAUCAAAUGCUCCGCCUCAGCCAAGGCCUCGCAACAGCAGCACCAACAGCAGCAUCAGCAGCAACAACACCAGCACCAACAAAACUGCCAAUAGAUUACUUCUUGAAGGAACUCCAAUAUGUGUCGUGUGUAAAGAAGAGUGUGGUAGCCACAAGUGCAAGGUCUGUGGAAAACCUACACAUAUAAUACCACCUUGUCUUGGGGAACAAAACGAAGAGGGCUUUGGCUCAAAGGUGACGUGCAAAAGGUGUUUGGUGGAUGAUGAAGAAGUAUCGCUGUUGCAGGAAGAUGAAAAUGACGAUGUGGUGCCACCAGUGCCUCCAAAAAAAAGCAAGAUUUUUGGCUGGGAGGAUGAAUACGAUGAUUUUCCGAGCAGUCCCUCACCACAGAUGCCUGCAAGUAGCCUUGCCGAUGCUUCAUUGGCUCCACAACCUCAAUCAAUCCGACAACUUAGGCCCACAAAUGCAGUUACUCCAGCAACACCAGUAAUGCAGUCUUCAUCAAGGCCAAUCCCCACAACACCAUCACCCAGCUCUUCUCAGAUGCCACAUCAAGAGGCUCCAUCAGUCCCGUCCCGCCUCAGACGCCGUAGACCUGACAGUGAAAAUGAUGAUGGACAUAGGUCAAAAAAAGAUAGGACUGUGGAUGCUGUUACGAAAAGCUUAAAAGAAAUGCAGGAAUACAAUUUUAAACGUUGGAAGACAAUCGAUGAACGACAAGAGGCAGAACUACGCAAAGCUCAGACUAAUUUGGAGAGCAAGAUCGACAAAGUGGUGUCGGUCAUCGGCCAACAAAUGGUUGAGAGACGAGAGGAAAGACAGCAAAACAAAGAAUUCCAACAGCAAUUUUUGUCUAUUCUUAGCCAGUCUGUAACGCAACAGCACCACCUCGGCCGUCAACAGUCUUAUCAAUUUUCCCAACACGACGGACACCAACAGCAGUGGCAUCAGCUUUAAAACAUUCCAAUCCAUCUAACGGAUAUUUAAUAUUUUAAAUAUCUAAUUAAUCUAAUAUUUUGUCUUUCAACAAACAACUUGUGAUUUUUUAUAUGCAUGAAAUUUUAUUUCUUUAAAAUAUGUUUGUGGUAACAUUUUGUAAGUGUAGUUUCAACGUGUAUAUUAUGUAUAGUGUGUUAUGAAAUAUAGUUACUGCAAGUAUUUUGCCAACAAUCCUUGCUUUCAUGUGCAAUUGCAUUUCACAACCUAAAUAUCUUAAAUUUAAAGUCAACUUUCAGCAGUAUUGUGUAUUUUUAAGAUAUGCCACAACAACUAUAUGUUAACUAUUUGUAAGAAAAUGAUAAUGGUAGCAAAAUUUUGUACUAGUUUAGUUUGCAUCUCAACCUUGUUGUAUGUGGUAAAAUACAGUAUAGUUUUAGUAAGCAUCUCAACCUCAGUGGAUUUGGUUUUCUUUUAAGUAUUUGCAUAUAAAACGUUUUCAAAGUAAAUUGUUGUUUCGAGUUAUGAUGUUAUGAAUAAGUAUUUUGCCAAAAAUCCUUGCUUUCAUGUGCAAUUGCAUUUCACAACUAAAAUAUGUUAAAUCAACUUUCAACAAUACAGUAUUGUAAAUUUUUAAGAUGUGCCAAUACAACUAUAUGUUAACUUAUAUUUUCAGAAAAUGAUAAUGGUAGCGAAAGUUUGGUAUGCAACUCAACCUCAAUGGAUUUACCUAUUGUUUUUUUUUAAAGUAUUUGCGUAAUAAAAUGUUUUCAA